GUUUUGUUUUUGUGUUGUGACCACGACUAUCCUCUCUGAGAUUAAGAUUAAGAUUGAGAUAUUUGCGAAGACCGAGAUCGGAUUGGACUGCGGAAGAGCGGCCAACCAGACGCGGAAGUAACAGCCUUGAACUCCAGCCAUGGCCGCUGUGCUGCCGGAGAAUGCGGCCGAGAUCGCGGUGGCCAACGCAAUCAAUAACAUCAACGGGAAUGGAAACGGGAACGGGCGCAACCGAGUUCUACCUGGUGGACUAGGCGGUGGUGGUGGUGGUGGACAGAACAACAUGAUGAAUAUGCGGGAUCGACUGUUCCAUGCCAUCUACUUUCGGGCGGCGGCUGCCUACGCGGAGUUGGUUCCACGGAAGGUGCAGCUGACCAUCGAGUUCCUGCUGCUGGCCAAGGCCCUGCUGUUCUUCUUCACGCUCAUCUACGUGCACAACUCCUUCAUCAAGAAUCCCUGCACCUGCCUGCAGGGGGUUAAAAACUGGCCACGCGAAGGCGUCAUCAGAGUGGAGAUCAUACCCCAUCUGGCGGAAAAGCGGGCCAUUUGGCAGGGCAUUAAGCGGGACCAACAGAUAGUGCGCUCUCUUAAGGAUUCCUAUUACUAUGGCAUUGGACCGCAAACCCAUCAAAACCACGACAGACUCAAGCGAUACGAGUCCAUUCUGGGCAAACUGGGUCUGCCUGUGAGACCCACCUUCGCCUACAGCAAUGAAUCCCUGUACUACUACUUCGAUGCCAUCAACAUCCUGGACACCUACGACCAUCCCAAUGCCAUACAGCUCAAGAACGAGGAAGAUGAUGAGGAGCAGUACAUUGUGGAGUAUUCGCUGGAGUACGGCCACCUGCGGCUGUCUUCCUCUACGCGAAAGCGUCUGCACAUCCCCGUGCUCACUGUCCAAUUGGAUCCCAAUACGGACAAGUGUUUCGGCGACAGCCUGACGCGAUACCUGCUCAAACGAUUGCUGGGCUACGAUGACUUACUGAUGGCCUCCGUCAGGACCAUAGCCGAGCAGGAGGAGAACAAGGGCUACCUGCGCAAUGUGAUCACCGGCGAGCAUUAUCGCUUCGUGUCCAUGUGGUGGGCAGCCUGGAGCAGCUAUCCGGCUGCCUUUUGUGUAAUGCUGCUAUUUACCUUUUCAGUGUCUAUGCUGCUUCGCUACUCGCAUCACCAGAUCUUUGUCUUUAUAGUCGACCUGCUGCAGAUGCUGGAGUACAAUGUGUCCGCCCGGUUUCCCAUCGCCCCCUUGCUCACCGUCAUUUUGGCGCUCGUAGGAAUGGAAGCCAUCAUGUCGGAGUUCUUCAACGACACCACCACGGCCUUCUACAUCAUACUGAUUGUCUGGAUUGCGGAUCAAUACGAUGCCAUCUGCUGUCACACGAGCAUCACCAAGCGUCAUUGGCUCAGAUUCUUCUACCUGUACCACUUCGCGUUCUAUGCGUAUCACUACCGCUUCAGUGGACAGUACAGGACGCUGGCGCUGCUCUCCUCGUACCUCUUCACCCAGCACUCGAUGGUGUUCUUCUUUCACCGCUACGAGCUGCCGGCAAUCAUGGCCCAGCACCAGGUCUUCAUCAUCACACGCAAUCAGGGAGCGGCAGCGGGAGGAGCAGCGGCUGCAGCAGCAGGAGGAGCUGCAGGUGGAGGAACUGCCGCUGCAGGAGGAGCUGCACCGGGAGGAGUCGUUGGCCAGCAGGCGUCCAUGCAACGUGCACGCCUGAUAGUCGCUCGACUCUUCAGCCAACUGGCAGCACAACGCCAGGGGCAACAGCCGGGGCAGCCACAAAAUCAGGAGCAACAGCGCCCACCGGGACCCACCGCCGCCGUGGGCGUGGCCUUGGCCAAUCUGCGAAGACUGCCCGUGGUGGGCCAGUGGCUGCAGGGUCGCGAGCAGUUCGCCACCGUGCGACGCGUCUUCUUGGGACACGGCGGCAAUGCUCGCCUGAUGCAGGUGCGUCUGCAGCGUAUUAACGUGGCUGACAUACCUGGCUUGCGCAACCAGGUGGCUGCGGCCAUGGCAGCAGCCGGGGCGGUUCCAGUGGGCGGGGCAGGAGGAGGGGCAGGGGCAGCACCAGCUGAUGAACCCGCCAGCGGCGAUGUUGCAACUACAGGAGAAGCAGCAGCAGUAUCGGCAUCAUCAGCCACGCCAACAGCAACCCAUGCUGCAGAUGUCGAAACAAAUCAGGGACGCAAGCAGCCGACAACAUCGGGCAUAAAUGAUGCAGUAGCAACGGGAGCGGAAGCAGCUCAAGACAAGUCGGAGUCGGAGAUUGGGCGUCCGGAGCAGGAAAGGCAGCCACUGCCGGACGAGGGACAAGAGGCGGGCGGCAUGUCCAAGACGCUGGAAAAUCUAAAUUCCGUUGCGGCGGAUAUUAUAAAUAUGUUGGAUAAAACUACUGUUGCAGCGCCUGCCUCAACGGACAGCAGCACUCAACAGACCCUGAUCCACACCCACGCAGAUGUCCAUCAGACCCAGCCAAAGGCGAGGCAAUUAGAAAAUAAUUUGCCAGAGUUGCUGAAAGCCGAGGGGGAGGCAUCAGGUGAAAAGCAAAGCUGCCCACUACAAGCGCACAGCAUUAUGAAUGACCAGCAGCAGCAGCAGCAGAGGCAGAAAAACAAACCGGACGAACCCGCGACAGGAGCAGCAGCAACAUCAGCAGCUGCCACGUCAAAACAAUCCUCUCAGCCAGGAGCAGCAGAGGUGGGAGCAGAAGCAGAAGCAGGAGCAGCAGCCAGGCCAAUGAUGGAUGACAGGCAAACAGUUGAUUUUAUAGAAGGCGACAGCCCAACGUCAGCAGCAAAUUGCCAACUCAAUGCUGGCGCAAACCACAAGGCACAGGAGCAGCAGCUAAUGAAAACUUCACAACAUACAUCAAGCCAAGUGACAACGGCAGGAGCAACAGCAGAAUAGGCCAGGCAUUAGUGGCGAGCCCCCGAAAACAAACCCAACCAUCCCGAAAAUAGCUACCCACAUAACAAGAUGUUUUACAUAAAAGAGCUAGUAAAUUUUAGAUAAUUUGUCUGGUGUACUUAUGCCCGGAGAUCAACCACGACUCACGACGCCCCCGCUCGAAUGUGUGAAUGUAUCUGCUAGGAGUGGGAUGUAUGUAUGGAUGGAUGGAUGGAU